AUGGAGUUGGGAAAAUCAAUGGAGAAGCACAACGAUGUUGUGGUAAAACUAGCUAAGCAUGUCAUCACUACCGUCGCCAAGGACUCCAACCUUGUGUUCUCACCAACGUCAAUCAACGUUUUGCUCAGCCUCAUCGCCGCUGGUUCGAAUUCCGCCUCCAAAGAACAAAUUCUCUCAUUUCUCAUGUCACCGUUAACGGAUCACCUCAACGCACUCUUGACCAAGAUCGUAUCUGUUUCCCUCGCCGAUGGCAGCGAGAGAAGUGAUUUGUGCUUAUCUGCGGCUAAUGGUGUAUGGAUCGACAAGUUUGUCUCCUUGAAGUCUUCUUUCAAAGAGCUUUUGGAGAACUCCUACAAGGCUACUUGCAGUCAAGUUGACUUUGUAAAUAAGCCUGUUGAAGUGAUUGAUGAAGUGAAUACAUGGGCUAAAGUCCACACCAAUGGAGUCAUCAAGGAGAUUCUUUCACGCGAAUCUAAAGAGACUAUCGAGACUAUUAGUUGCAGCCAACUCAUACUUGCAAAUGCAGUGUACUUCAAAGGAGCUUGGAGCAAAAAAUUUGAUGCAAAGUUGACAAAAGAUAACGAUUUUCACCUUCUUGACGGCACCUCUGUGAAAGUCCCUUUCAUGACCAGUUACAAGGACCAGUACCUAAGAAGCUAUUACGGUUUCCAAGUUUUGCGUCUCCCCUAUGUAGAGGAUGGACGUCAAUUCUCUAUGUACAUUUAUCUUCCGGACGAUAAAGACGGAUUGCCUACCCUCCUUGAGAAAAUAGCCUCGGAACCAGGAUUUCUUGAUAACCACAUUCCACAAUAUGAUAUAGAAGUGGACGUUAUCAAAAUUCCAAAGUUUAAGUUUCUUUUCGAGUUUAAAGCUUCAGAUGUUUUGAAGGAUAUGGGGCUGACUUUACCGUUUACUUCUGGAUGUAGUCUAACUGAGAUGGUCGAUUCCUCUUCCAUGGGUGAGAAUCUGUACGUCUCGAGCAUUAUACAUAAAGCUUGCAUUGAGGUGGAUGAAGAGGGAACUGAAGCCGCAGCCAUUUCUGUUGCCGUCGUAAGCAUCAAGGGUUUCAUGCAAAGUCCAGAUUUCAUAGCUGACCAUCCAUUUCUAUUUACGGUGAGAGAAGACAAGAGUGGAGUGAUCUUGUUCAUGGGUCAAGUUCUUGAUCCUUCAAAACACUGA